UUUUUGGCGAUAGUGAGAGAAGUGAACGAUUGGGUAGAAAUGUGAAAACAGAAAUGUUUUAUGUUUACCAAGUUGUUGCAAAAUUGAAUAACAUAUGAAAUAGUUAACAGUAAAAUGUCUAACACUAUGGAAGUAAAUGUAUUUAUAAUGAGAGGAAAAAAGUCAGCUUAAAAGAAAUGUUGAUAUUGUUCUGUUGUACUUUAAUGUCAAAAUGUAUAGAACGUUAAUAGUUUUAUUACAUUUUUGCCUAUUCUACGCUGUGUCUACAACACACAUAAAAGGAGAGUUUACGACACAGGAAUAUUUCAAGUUUUUAGUAAAAUUUGGAUUCCAGAAGACAGAUAUUCAUUUCCAGAAGGAAACAUAUGGUUAUAUUUUUGGCAACUUAACGUCAAAGGACAAUUUUAAAUAUCCUAUCACAUUUGCGGUUUUAGAUAGGCCACAUUUCUUACAUUAUUACAAAAGUCGAGAUAUUGUUGAUAAAGAAAUAGCUUGUCAGGUUAUGUUUCAACAAUUAAAUGGUACAGCAUAUCAUCCAAAAUGCAACAAACUAGGACAAGACAUGUUCAGAAGAAUACCUUGCCCCAAAGAUAAACUGUGUGUGGAUGAAGAUACCCCAUGGAAUGUUGUAAAAAACAAUCAAUUUUCCUAUGUUAUAAAGAAUAAUGGACAGCCAAGGUUUUGGUAUGUGUCAAUGGUGGCAUGUUAUUUAGAUGAGGUGACCUGCACUUGGCAUCACUAUAAAGGGGCACCAUCUCCAGACAACACAACCUUAACAAAUAUGCCACAGACUAUACAAUAUGAUUUUUGGCUUGUUAAUGGUAGCCCUAACCUUUCUGUUUAUAAUUCAAUGAUGUAUCAAUUCUCAUUUGAUAGACAAAAUACAUUGGAGCUGUAUUUGUUGUUCUGGCUGUGUUAUAUUAUUCUAUUACCAGUUCAAAUCUAUGCAGUAAGGACACAGAGACAUCCAGUUACUAAAUUGUUUACAUCUAGCUUAGUUCUAGAAUUUGUUGCUCUCUGCUUCAAUGUGGUUCAUACAGUAAAGUUUGCAGCAGAUGGAGUUGGAUUUGGUGGCUUAUCUGUAGCUGGUGAUAUACUUGAUAUUAUGAGUAGAACACUAUUUAUGUUGCUUCUUCUUCUAUUAGCAAAAGGUUGGGCAGUGACUCGGUUAGAACUAACAUACAAACCAUUAGUAUUUGGUGUAUGGAUGGUGUACGGAAUUGUUCACAUUUUACUGUAUGUUUGGAAUACGACUGAAGUGGAUAUAAUAGAAGAGAUCGAUGAAUACCAAACAUGGCCGGGAUGGUUGGUGCUGACGCUACGCGUCGCCAUCAUGACAUGGUUCGUGCUCGAACUCCGGAACACUAUGAUGUACGAACAUAACAUGCCAAAGUUAAACUUCCUCCUGCAUUUCGGAGCUUCGAGUCUGGUGUGGUUCGUGUACUUGCCAAUCAUAGCUCUCAUAGCUCUGCAGAUUAGUCCGCUGUGGAGAUUUAAAUUUAUUUUAGGUAUAACAUAUUCAGCUGAUUGCUUAGCGUUUUGCGUGAUGGCUCACCUUUUGUGGCCGACACGGUCCGAACAGUACUUACUUCUAGCUCCAUCUAAUUAUACAGCAGGUAUAGAAGAAUUAGACGAGUUCAAUGAGUCGCCGCACGUCGUGCACAGCGAUACGGUCGCGCUCACGACCGUCGAAAGCAUCAACGCAGACGACGAAGAAGUUAUAUUUACACGACCACACAAGAAUGGUACAGUUUUUUCAUAGCGAUUCAAAAAAAUAAUUGUGUCGAUACUCAAUUAUGGAUACCUAUGAUCCGGGUAUGCAGAAAUGAAUGAAUCGUAUUGAUGGGUCGUCGAUGUCAUAGCGUUUGUACUAAUCGGAGUAUUUGAAAAAAAUCGAUUAUGUGUUAAUAUCGAUGUGCAACUAGUGCUGUUUUUGAGAUGUCAGUGAGACAUCACUCUGUGGUAGGAACUCGCUCGGUAAGGAUUUGUAGCAGCAUGUUGCCGCUCGCGUGCGCGUCGGUUUUUCAAAUGAAAAAUGUCGCGAAUGGCGAACCUUUACCUUAUACUAAUAAGAUUUUCCUUUGUUUUAUAACAAACGUUAACACAUUACUAUUUUUUAUUAAAUUAACUAUUAAUGACAAUUGUGAUGUUUUUAAUACGUAUUGUAAGUAAAUAUUUUAAUUAUUAGUUAGCUCAGUUUUAAUUUAAUUAUAUAUCAUAACCUAAAAAUCUAAAUCUAAUUUGCCAAAUGUUUUAUGUAGUUUAGAUGCUACACAGAAACAGAUAAACAUACAUAGACUUCGUUGUAGCCUUGUAACAAUUAUACUGCCGAUAUAAUAUCAGUGUCGAUCAAUUUGUAAAAAUGAACUUAUUUUAAAAUAUAGUGUGUAAGUAUCGUUACAAAAAAUAUACGACCUUACUUACAAAUUGUUUAGCGGACAUUCGAAAGAAAAAGAAAGGAAUGUUGAGCUAAUCCCUCCCUACACAUAAUUUAUAAGUAAAGCCGGUACUGUAUAAAUGCUUAACUAAAGUAACGAUUGUGAUGGUGGAGUUAAAUUUAAUUUUCUUGCAUAUGAACUGGUUUGUACUGGUUAUAAAAAAAUGUAUGUUUUCCUACGUAAAGCAAAGUUGUAUGAAAGUACCGCACGCGGGCGGAAUUGCUGGAAAAUUAAAUAUAUAAGUAGCAGUUGCCUAAAUAAGGCUACAUGAUGAUGCAAAUAAACUAUCAAUAUAAUAUCUUUUAUUUAAAAAAAAAAUCUUUAAUUGAUUUUUCAUUUUAGAAUUUUUCUAACUAUGCUAAAUAUUAGUAUACGAUGUAUCUUAUUUUAAAUAUAAGAAAAAAUAUAUUAAUUUCAGAUUCACAAUUAAAAAAAAAGCGAAUUUAUAAUUUUAUGAUUGUUGAAUUAAUAUUUCUGAGAUGAGAAUUUUUUAGGUUAUGUUUAAUUUUGUUACCAAAAUUUUCGCUACAAUUUUCGACAAGUUUUGUCGACAUUUCGAUAAAAUAAUCUUAUUGAUGAACUUAGUUUUGCUUUAAAAAUAAUACAAUAGAUGUUAUUUGUAAGAAUAAUAUAGUAUUAUAGUAUGUAGAUAAUUAUUUGAAAUUGGUUUAUUCGGAAUAAUAAUUUGAUCAAGAUAAUAAGAACUAUUCUAGAACUAUUCCAGUCAAAGGAUAUAUGUGAAUAAAAAAAAUGGGUACAAUUUUCUCGAUCGAAUAUCAGUUUAUUAAGAAAGUGCCAAUGUCAUUAUCUAUCAGUCAACUAAAUAGUUCGAUUACGAUAAAAUUUUUGGCAGGUUUACAUUAUAGUUGGUAAUGUUUCUUUCACACGCUUGCCCCAACUUUUGGGUCCAAAAUUUUGGAAAAAAAGCGUAUAGGACAAGCAUCAACACUUAUUAUUAGCAAGCUUAUCAUUGACCUUCCAAAUUAUUGUGAUUACUUACAACGUGUAAUAAACAUUUUGAAAGUAAACACAAUAAACAAAUGUAUAACUAUGUUGUGAUGCGUCAAAGAAUAGCUGGUUUUUUUUUUUAAUUUAUUACACUUCUUCCAGUCUACUCGUUUGAAAAAACUUUUUAUAGAAAUCUACAUCAAAGAAUAUAGGUAAAAAUUGUACGUUGAUAAAAUGACUGUCCGAAACGACACAAUUUCUAUAAAUUGCGUAGUACUAUCACUUUUGUAAACCUGUCCUAAAAUAUUACAAUUUAAAAUGAAUUUAUUACCUUUUAAAUGUAUAUUAAUAGGAAAUGUGUAUGUGUAUAAUGUUUGUUGUAAAUUAAUGUAAAUGUUUGUUGUAAAAGUGCUAAAAACUUAAAA